AAUGUCAAAAAAUUUUGGCGAAUUUUUGUAAUGUCAGUGUCAUUGUUUGCAAGAAUAAAUUUUUUCAAAAAUGGUAAAUAUAUGUUGCGUAUUUAAUUGUGCUAAUAAUAGCAAAAAUAGUAAAUGUAAUUUCUAUAGAUUUCCAAUAAUUGCACAUAAAUCAGAGAAAAGAAGAAGAUGGAUUCGUGCUAUUAAUAGGAAAAAUGGUGACGGUUCAGAUUGGACCCCAAAACCUUCAGAUCGAAUUUGCAGUGCUCAUUUCGUGGGAAAUAAAAAAUCUGAAAAUGAACUAAGUCCAAGCUAUAUUCCUUCUAUUUUUCCCUACAUUGACGGUACAAUAAGUAAGGUUAAGCACCAUAGAAAAAAGUGUUGUAAGCACCAACAGGUUGUAAAUAGGCAUGCACGUUUUAUCAUUAGAAGAUAUAAGGGAGUGUGUACGAAAAGUAAUCAGAAUAUAGCUUCUGAAUACCAAGAUAAUAAAGGUGCUGAUGUGAUUGUUAAUAUGAGAGAAAAACAAGCAAAAAGGGAAACAAUAGAUGCAGUCGUUGAUAAUAAAAUGGAAGUAUCACGAAUUUUAACAGCAGAGAAAGAAUGUCAGGUGACCAUUUUAAAUAAUACUUCUGAUGCCGAUGAAGGAAAGUCUUUUACCUGCAACAGAUUUAUGUACAUUCCAGAUAGAUGUGAUGCUGAAGUGCAAACCGAUAUAUACGAAUAUAAAAAAAUAGUAAAGACAAAUAUUGUGAUAUGCUGGAAAUGACUUUUGAUGUUUAUCAAGCCAAUGCGAUUAGCCAAUGAUCCAUGUAAAAAACACUUAGCAGGAUUUUCAUCGAAUAAUAAAAAAAACAGUCCUUGCCGGAGUAUCACUAAAUAAUUUUAAAUUUUUA